AUGUCAGAAAAACCUGUUCUGCUUUGCCUGGGAGGAGUCUCAUUCCCAGAUGGUGAUUUUGCAGAGUUAUCUAAAGUUGCACAGGUUGUUAAAUUAGAACCUACCACUACAAGAGAACAAUUCAUUAACAGACUAGGUGAUUCUAAUGAUAUCCUUUCAAGAACCAAAGUAAUUACAAGAACGUUUAGCAGUAUUAAGAAUACUGGGAGAUUUGAUGAAGAGAUAGCUAAUGCAUUACCUGACUCCGUUAUUGCUAUUUGCCAUAAUGGUGCAGGUUAUGAUCAGAUUGAUGUCCAAUAUUUCUCAAAGAGACAUAUUCAAGUUUCUAAUACCCCAGAUGUAGUUAGUAACGCUACUGCUGAUACUCAUGUUUUCUUACUAUUGAGUGCAUUGAGAUAUUUCUCAUAUGGGGUUCGUGAGUUAUUGAAAGAAGGUAAUUCAAAAAUUGCAGCUAACAAUACACCAUUUGGUAAUGAUCCCGAAGGGAAAACUGUUGGUGUAUUAGGUUUAGGUGGUAUUGGUCAUCAGAUCGUGAAAAGAUUAAAACCAUUUGGAUUUGCCAAGUUUAUCUAUCAUAAUAGACAUAGAUUAAGUCCAGAAUUGGAAAAUGGUUGCGAAUAUGUCUCCUUUGAUGAACUGAUUUCUCAGAGUGAUAUAAUUUCAAUUAAUAUUCCAUUAAAUGAAAAUACUAGACAUACAAUUAAUGCUGAUACAAUUGCAAACAUGAAAGAUAAUGUGAUACUUGUCAAUACUGCCCGUGGUGCUGUUAUGGAUGAACAAGCUUUAGUAGAUGCAUUGAAGUCAGGGAAAGUUAAAUCUGCUGGGUUGGACGUCUUUGAAUUUGAGCCAGAAGUUACUAAAGAACUAUUAGAAAUGAAACAAGUUGUCUGUACUCCACAUUUAGGUACUCAAUGUAUCGAAACAAGACAAAAGAUGGAAGAGUUAGUCUACACCAAUGCCUUGCAAGCGGUAACUAACGGCAAAGUCAAAACUAUUGUCCCUGAGAUUGCUCAUGAAGGAUGGUUCACUAAAUUAUGA